AUGCGUACUCGCCGCUCCCAUCAGAAGUCACGCACUGGCUGCAGUAAUUGCAAGAGAAGAAGGGUGAAAUGCGAUGAGGCCCGGCCCGCGUGUCUCAACUGUACGCAACGCAAAGAUGCAUGCGUCUAUGUGGCGCUGUCACCUUUUGUGUUCUCGUCAAACCCGGGAAAAGUGAGGACGCCUUCUUCCACUCCAUCCCAGACCACGAACUUGCCGAAUGAGUAUACCAGUCCACAGCCGUCAGCUCCGUCAUUGACCGAGCAUGACCCUCCAUCGCGGGCCCCGGCAAGAGUCGUACCGCCCAAUCUCGAUCAUUUGGCGUUGGAGCUCCAGUGGAUCAUGCACACGCACAAGCUUUGUGCCCGGAACGAGGAGUCCAGACGGGUAUGGCAGAUCUCAACCUUAGAAGAGGCGCUCCACGCGCCAUUUCUGAUGCAUGGGAUUCUGGCCAUGUCUGCCCUCCAUUUUGUGCACCUGCAAAAGGACGGCCGCCAGGCGGAAUGGCUCGAUCUUGCCAUCUCACACAAGAGUGAAGCAUUGGCCCUGUUCCACGAGCAACUACAGAGCAUAGAUGAGUCUAAUGCCAAGGCAAUGAUGAGCUUCGCAGGUAUUGCCGUGGCGUUUAGCUUUGCGAGCGCUCUGAACUGCUCCAGCCCCGACGAUGGACCCAGUGUCAAUGCCUUGGUUGAUCUAUUGAUGCUAUCACGUGGUGUCCAAACAAUUAUCAAUCAUGCGUCGGAUUUUCUUCGCAACAGUAAUUUUGGGCCUCUGUUCGAUACCACUGAUAUUGGGGGUGCACUGCCCUCCGACCUCUCGGAGGCCUUGAAUCAUCUUGAAGAGCUCAAUCUCCAGUGCGGUCGAGCGUCGCCAGCCCACAAAGGGGAGAUGUAUAAGCUUGCGAUAGAGCACUUGAGGUCUUUGGGCCCUUACGCAUAUGUGGAGCCCGGAUCGUUGACUUUUGUCGGUGGGUGGGCUAUUCGCACCCCGCGAGAUUACCUGGACGAAUUGAGAAAUCGCGAGCCCUUUGCAUUGGUGAUAUUGGCGCAUUUUUGUGUGUUACUCAAUAAUGUCCGACAGAAUUGGUGUAUCGGACCCUGGGGGCGGGUAGUGCUUGGUGAGAUUGUUCAAACCCUUGAUACCGACUGGCAAUGUCACAUCAAGUGGCCUAUAGUGCAAGUCCUGAAAUAA